AUGUCCUUUAAUCUCAUAGGUAUACGAAUCCCAAGAAUAUCAGGGAUCUCAAGGAGCUCCUUUUUAAGUAUGUUAUGUUUUUGUAUUUUUCUUAGCUCAGUUAUAGUCUCUUUACUAAUACGUUUUCCAUCUAAUUCUAUAAACCCAAGUCUAUUUACAGUCAAUAACCUCGUCAAUAAAAACACCCUCUUCAAAGUAUCCAAAAGGUACUUUGUCUCUGAUUCAAAUUCUUUCUCUUCCUCCACAUCUCAAAACUUUCACUCCAAUUCCAAUCAAUCAAGUAAUACCCAAUCAAACACAAGCAACAAUGGUCAUACUCCAAAUCAAUUCUCUUAUAAGACUGCCGUCGCAUAUCAACCAAAGGAUAGAGACGAUGUCAUAUAUCAAAAAUUGAAGGACUCUCUGCUCUCCCCAACAGGCGAGGAUAAUUAUUUCAUUACUGUGAACUCCGAGUCUGAUGUCUAUGCUGCCGUAGCUGAUGGUGUAGGUGGCUGGGCAGAACAUGGUUACGACUCAAGUGCUAUCUCAAGAGAACUAUGUAAAACUAUGGGCCAAAUCUCCAAUUCUUUGCAGUUCAAGAAGUCACAUUCUAUAAUCACUCCAAAAGAUAUCAUCGACCUUUCUUAUAAUAAGAUAAAGGAGGAUAAAAUUGUAGAAGUUGGUGGAACCACUGCUAUAGUAGCACAUUUUCCAAAGGAUGGUUUAUUGAAAGUUGCAAAUUUAGGUGAUUCCUGGUGUGGUGUCUUUAGAGAUUGUAAACUAGUAUUCCAAACAAAAUAUCAAACCGUGGGUUUUAAUGCACCAUAUCAACUUUCAAUAAUUCCAGAAGAGAUGGAAAGAAAUGCAAGACUAUCUGGCAGAUCAUAUAUAACAAAUACCCCAAAGGAUGCCGAUGAAUACGAAUUUCAACUAAAAUCUAAUGAUGUAGUUAUAUUGGCCACUGAUGGUCUCACCGAUAACAUUGCUUCUGAAGAUAUCGAAUUGUUUUUGAAAGAUAAUUCAAAGAUGCUAUCAAAUGAUCUUGAUAAGUUUUCAAAAACUUUAGUACAAAACGUUGUUAAGCUAAGUAAAGAUCCUAAUUAUCCAUCAGUGUUUGCACAAGAAAUCUCUAAAUUAACUGGAAAGUUAUAUAAAGGUGGUAAAGAAGAUGAUAUCACUUUGGUUCUUGUUAAAGUUAAUUGA